AUGUGUCCCGACGACAGCGCCGUAGACCAAGCACCAGCUGCUUCUUCGCCAGUCGCUCCAUUGCCAGCUGCAGCCGCCGCCCAGUUAAAUGAAGAAACCGAACAGGGCGUCUUCAUCGCAGCCGAUGAGGUACCACUCCUCUCCAUCCUCGAUUAUCGAAUCGAGAAUGGCAGAACGUACCACAGGUACAAGGAUGGCAGUCAGUUCAAGGACUUGGCAGAUGACUUGCAACAUAACUUGUUUAUUCGCACAUUCCAUGAUCACCUGGGCAAUGCUCCGCCUGCAGAUUUUGACGCUAAAGUUGGACGAGUUCUCGAUAUUGGAACAGGCAGUGGCAUUUGGGCCAUUGACUAUGGCGAAGAGCAUCCCGAAGCAGAGGUCCUCGGCGUUGACCUCUCUGCUGUUCAACCAGAGUUUGUCCCGCCGAACGUAAGGUUCGAGGUCGACGAUAUUGAGGAGCCUUGGAUCUUUUCGGAUGCUUUCGACUAUAUUCAUUGCAGAAUGAUGACGUGGAGUAUCACCGACUGGAAGAAGCUAUUCAAACAGUCUUAUGAUAAUCUGAACCCUGGAGGCUACCUGGAGGCCAACGAAGUUGACCUCAUUCCCCUAUCGGAUGACGGCACUCUCAAGGAGGACUCCAAUCUCAUGAAGAGUGUUCGAUUAUGGGGUUCUGCAGCAGAAAUCUUUGGGCGUCCCUUCGCAGAUACACGUCGGUUAAAACAAUUCAUGGAAGAGGUCGGUUUCGAGGACGUUCAGAUGAAGAGAUUCAAAUGGCCCACGAACAGCUGGCCGAAGGACCGCCAUUACAAAGAGCUCGGCGAAUGGAAUCUCGAGAACAUCUCACCUGCCUGGGAGGGGUUCCUAAUGGCUCCUUUGACGCGCGCCCAUGGAUGGACAAGGGAAGAGGCGAUAGUUCACAUCAUGGAGGCCAGGAGAGACAUUGCAGACAGGAGUAUCCAUGCUUACUUCUCAAUCUGGUCCAUCUACGGAAGAAAACCUGCAAAGGCUGAAAACGCUGAGAGCUAG